AUGGAGGUGACGCUGCUGGCCGAAGAGAACCUCCCCGAGGGGUGUCUCCUGUCAAUCCGCUCAGGCUCUACACGGCGACAGGCGGCUGUGGACUCCAAGUUCAAGCUCUUCUUCCCCAAGGGAGGCAAGCCUGGAGAAGAUGUCAAGGUGGACGCCUUGCUGCCUGUGGGGACACAUGUGUUGCAGCUGAAGGAGGGGCAGCAGCAAUACGACAUGGACAUGGGUGGAAUGAAGGCAGCUGGGAUGAGGGUGGUGAAUGCCAAGCUUACAGACUCACAGGCUGUCGAAGCUGAGUUUUGUUGGACUUCGGAGCUUUGA